UCUUCUAGUAGACAGUGGCAGCAUCAACAAUGAGGCAUAUCCUUCCCUGCCUUGUAAUUUUACUGCCUUGCAGCCUGGCCCUCCCGGUAAUAGUUGAACACACAGAAACAAGCAAUGGGGAUCUGGAAUUUAUGGAGGCUUACCUUGACAAUUUCUAUCCAUCCUUGAAUAACGAAAUCAAGACCUUGGAAGAACGGAUCAAAGAAAUGCAGGAGUUCUUCCAGUUGACUGUAACAGGAAAAGUAGAUGAACGCACUUUAGAGGUUAUGCACCAACCUAGGUGUGGAGUGCCUGACACGAACUAUACAUUUUUUCCAGGAAAACCAAGAUGGCGCAAGAGAUCCUUAGCUUACAGGAUUAAUAACUACACCCCUGACCUGCCGAGACCCAAAGUGGAUGCAGCCAUAGCGAGGGCAUUCAAGGUCUGGAGCGAUGUAACUCCCUUGAGAUUCACAAGAACAAGAAGACAUGCUGAUAUCGAAAUCUUUUUUACAUCCGGUGCCCAUGGUGACAAACAUCCUUUUGAUGGAAAAGGUGGAGUCCUGGCUCAUGCUUUUGGCCCUGGACGAGGCAUUGGGGGAGAUGCCCACUUCGAUGAGGGUGAACAGUGGUCCGAUUACAACAAAGAAACCAAUCUUUUCCUUGUUGCUGCACAUGAAUUUGGUCAUUCCUUGGGACUGGAUCAUUCAAAUGUCCAAGGAGCUUUGAUGUAUCCUACUUACAGUUAUGUACAUCCAAAUAACUUCCGUCUUUCUGCUGAUGAUAGGCGAGGAAUUCAGGCAUUAUAUGGAAGGAGGAGAACUGAGUGACCCACAUUGUACCUUCCAGAAGAAACAAAAUUAUCAAACUUUUACAAAUGAUUAAUAAUAAAGCAAUUUAGUGGCAUCUGUAAUUACUUACAAAGCAUUUAAACAUUUCAUUUUACAAAGUAAAAGAUUAUAAAUAAAAUUAGAAAAAGCAACAUAUAAGCCAGAACUCAAAAAAGUCACUUAAGUUUUUUUAUAAAAUGGUUAGUUUCUGGUUGAGAACAUGCCUGCCAAACCAUAUGGCUUGUGGUUUGACAAGGUUUUAAAUCUCUUUGCAUUAUUAGCUUCCUUUCAAGUUCAGCAAAUGUUACCAAGUACCAGCUAGUUCAAUCAGUUUCUCAUGUAAUCAGUAGCUCGCUUCCUUUUUUCCUUCUGCCUUGUCA